AACAACAACAACAACAACAACAACAACAACAACAACAACAACAACAACAACAACAACAACAACAACAACAACAACAACAACAACAACAACAACAACAACAACAACAACAACAACAACAACAACAACAACAACAACAACAGCAACAACAACAACAACAACAACAACAACAACAACAACAACAACAACAACAACAACAACAACAACAACAACAACAACAACAACAACAACAACAACAACAACAACAACAACAACAACAAC